AUGGGUGUUGUGUUACAUGAAUUUUGGAAGGGUCUUGCAAAAGCCAUCCUCGAGGAUUUCCCACAGAGCGAGCAUCGCUUCUGUGUUCAGCACAUAUACAACAACUUCAAGAAGAGAUUCAUCGGGGAGAAUUUUAAGGAAAUAUUGUGGGAGCUUGAGUCGAGUACAACCCACGAACAGUAUGUGGAGCGGAUGGAUGCAUUGCGGAUUAUAUAUCCCCAAGCACAUCAAUACCUACUUGGUGUUGCUCCAAAAGAAAAAUGGGUGAGGGCAUAUUUCUCUUCACAUGUUUAUUGUGAUAUUAUCCUCAACAAUAUAUGUGAGACCUUUAAUUCGAAGAUAGCAAUUGCUCGAGAGUUGGCCAUUAUUACCAUGUUGGAGGAGAUCCGGACGAGUCAAAUGGAGAGAAUUCAGAUUAGAGGCCAGUGGAUCAAGACAUACGAUCACACACUGCCGCCCGUUAUCAAAGAGAUUGUGGAUAAGUUGUACGUGAGGGCUUCUUCCUGGAGAUCAACAUGGAACGGAGAGGAUUCGUACCAAGUGUCGGGACCGUCAGGCCAGUAUGUAGUGAACAUGCAUGAAUUUACUUGCUCGUGCAGAUCAUGGCAGCUGACUGGGAUCCCGUGCACUCAUGCCAUCGCUACAAUCAACAAGAAUGAGAAUGACGUAUCAGACUAUGUCUCCCGCUAUUAUUUACGAUCCACAAUGUCGAUUCUGUACGAGAAUGUCCUGUACCCAAUCAAUGAGAUGGAUAAUUGGACCAAGAUUUUUGAUGUUGGAUUUAAACUGGCACCCCCGAGGACAAAGCGACAACGUGGACGGCCAAAGAAACUGAGGCGUGAAGAGCCCCAGGUUCGUCAUCAUGAGGAUGGAUCCGAGUCACUACGACGAAUCUUUGUACUCAGAUGUCGUCAGUGCGGACAAAAUGGUCAUAACAGGAGAACAUGCACCAAUGAUCCCCGUGUAGAUGCUCGAACUGAAGUUGGACAGAGUUCACAGCCCAAUGAGCCCAGUGAGCCACCCACGACAGACGGAGGUGACAGGACUGAGUCGUUUAACGUGUUUCAAAAUGAAGAGGUAUUAUUCAGUACGAUUAUAUGA